GGCAUCAUAACUGCCGUCGGAUCUUAUCGACAUGCUAGAGUAGACGGCGAACAAUCAAGAUUCUAAAAAACAAAGUACGAAGUCGUUUGAAAGGAAAUUGAAGAAAGCAACAACCCCAGAUAAUUUCUUCAAAUUCCCGCGAACUUCCUCAUUCUUACACGUAUCAGGUGAGCAAGCAACCCAAAACCUCAUUUUCUGAAUCUUCGUUUUGAAGCAAUUUCAUCUGGGGAAAUCAAGUAAAUCAGGAAAUAAAAAAUGGUUGAUGUCAUAGGGAAGAUUAGUAGAAGUUUUAAGUUUUCAGCCUGCAAUAAUGAUAACGCAUGUGAUAGAUUCAAGAAACUUUCGCCGGUGAUGAUUCAGAUGCCAGCUUUUUCAAACCUUAGAGCAUCUUCCACAAUCCGAUCAUCAGCCGGCACUAAAACUAUUGACCGGAGAACGGUUGUCGGAGGUCAACAAAGAGGUAUUAGCAUCGGGAAAGCUUUAAAAUGGUGGGAGAAAGGUCUUAAACCGAACAUGAAGGAGGUGACCGGAGCAGAGGAUCUCGUCAACACUCUUCUAAAUGCAGGUGAUAAGCUGGUCAUCGUUGAUUUCUUCUCGCCUGGUUGUGGAGGCUGUAGAGCUCUUCAUCCCAAGAUAUGUCAAUUGGCGGAGAUGAAUCCCGACGUACAGUUUUUACAGGUGAACUACGAGGAGCAUAAGUCCAUGUGUUAUAGCCUCAACGUUCAUGUUCUUCCAUUCUUUCGUUUUUAUAGAGGGGCCGAAGGUCGUGUUUGCGGCUUUAGUUGCACCAAUGCCACGAUCAAGAAAUUUAAAGAUGCUUUAGCAAAGCACACGACUGAUCGUUGUAGCUUGGGCCCUGCGAAAGGGUUAGAGGAGAAAGAACUGUUGGCACUUGGUUCUAACAGGGACCUAUCUUUCACUUAUGGUCCAAAACCAAAUCAACCACAACCAAUAGUAUCACUACCAACAUCAGUGUCAGAAUCAAGUCUCCCUCUUCCUCGCUCUCUGAAGCCGGUAUCCGAAGAUGAUAAGGAUAGGAGCCUGGUUUCUUGGGGGCAAUGA